GUUUAUUUUUUACUAUUUUCUUGGAGAGCAGCCGUCGCUUCUUAGGGGGCCCCUGGGCUGAUCGAUGGGGGCCCCCUGGGGGCCCCCUAUCACUGCGGGUUCGGGGCCUCUGGGCAGGUGCAGCAGCACAAGCAAAUCCAAAGUUUGCUGCUGCUGCUGCUGCCGGUGGUGGUGGUGCGGCUGCUGCUGCAGCAGCACCAGCAGCAGCACGAGGGGCCCCUCAGACAGGUGUACGUACACCCCGGCAGCAGCAGCAACUGGCUACACAAGUCAGAGCUGCUGGUGCUGCAGCACGUCCUUCUGUUGGUUUUAUUAAAGAAAAAGUUCUUCAAGAGGCUGACCUCGUCUUCAGAGGAAAGGCUAGAUUCGAAGAUGGUGAUAUCGUCUUCUGUCGCUGUUCAAACCCUGGGGGGCCCCCUGGGGGCCCCUCUGUUGCAGAAGAAUAUCUCCUUGGAGCGGCGCUGCACCCGGAGCGGCAGCUGAUGAGGCAUGGGUUUAAGAGCAGCAAACCCCCUAUCUCUUUUAGAGACAGCCACCCUCUCGCUAGCAGCAACUCAUGUCAAGCUCCUGGGGGCCCCUGUGAUUUAUUUUGGCCUUCCCUUGGGGAUUGCAUGGCCUUGGAAUUUCGCCUUGGGGUAACUCAAAACCCUCAGCAGGGACCGGGGCCCGUUCUUACCCUCGAAGCAGAUCUGCUGCUAGGUGCGGGCGCCCUUGCCUCUCAGUUUGAACGCGACGUGCUGCAUGAUGAGGCCUCGCAUGCAGCUGCUGCUUCUUUUGUCUUCCUUCAGCAGCAGCAUCAGCAGCAGCAGCAACAGCAGCAGCAUCUGCUGCGGCUUCCUGCUCACCCUUGGGCCCUCCCUGGGGGGCCUCCACAUCGAGCAGCAGCAAGGGAUGGGGGGCCCCUCUCUGCUGCAGCAGCAGCAGCUUCUGCUUCUUGCAGCAGCAGCACCCCACAGGUUCUUCUCCUACGAAGAGGCUGCAUGCAUUGGCCUCUCCCUUUAAACGCUCGCCUCGAUACUGAGGAGGUCUUUGUUGAGGUUGAUUACUCCUUAGAAAGGGAGCGUCUGCGGGUUACAGCAGCAAGGGGAACACCGCAGCAGCAGCAGCAGCAGCAGCAGCAGCAGAAGCUCCUGGGGUCCCUUCGCGCUGCCGGAGGGCCCGCGCCGCUGCUGGAGAUGCUGGGCUUUGAACUCAGCAGCCUCAUAUCCCUUAGGCUAGGAGCAGCAUACGUCGGGCUCUUCUCGCUGCCCCUGAGGCAUCAACACCGUCAGCUGCAAAGAGGAGAAGCCUCUACCCUAGGUGCAGCAACAGCUGCUGCUGCUGCUGCUGCUGCUGCCGCUGCAGCUGCUGCUGCUGCCAGUCUGUUUUCUAUUGUAGUCGGCGCCUGCAAUGCCGUUGCUGCUGGUGUUGCUGCUGCUGGUGUUGCUGGUGCUAGUAUUGUUGCUGGUGCUGUUAGUGUUGUUGCUGCUGCUGCUUCUGCUGCUGCUGCAGGGCCCUAUAUGCUGUCUUCCCCUCCGACAUUUGAGGCCAGUGACUGGUGUAUUCGCGUCAGCGUAUGGCAGCACGAAGCGCAGCCGCCUCCGCUGCAGCUGCGAGGACUGCAGCAGCAGCAGCAGCAGCAGCACUUGUCUUUAGAGGGGAAGCCUGUAGAGGCUUUCAUGCCCAGGCUGCAGCUCGAGCUCCAGAACAGCAGCUGGCCUCUUCCUUUGCUGCUGAGUGAUGCUGAGAUUGAUACAUAUAAUGCUCUCUUCUCUUUGCUGCUGCAGCUCAGGGCCCUUGAGGUCGAUUUGCAGCAGCUGUGGCGGCGGGGGUGUUUUCUAAGGAAGUCCUACGCCCGGAGGUCUUCUUCUGCUUUUCAUUUUUCUUCAAGUUCUUCAGGUGUAUCUGCAUCUCCGGUGUCUCCUCACGCGGUGUCUGCGCACCUCUGGGCUGCGCGAGCGGAGCUAUCUUUUUAUGUCUCCUCCAUUUCUAAAUAUUUUCACUACUACGCUAUUGCGCCUGUCUUCGCUGAAGUAGAAGAGGCGGCGAAGGCGCGGAGGGACUUCGAAGAGAUCCGCCUUAUCCACAGCAACUGCCUAACCCAGCUUGCCUCGAGGUGCUGGCUGCGAGUGUCCUCGCUGCUGCGCCCCCUGAUGAGACUUAUAGCAGCAGGAAGACGCAUCAUAGAGUUGGGGGCCCUCGCAACGAGAAUAGGGGGCCCCCUGGGGGCCCCUGGGUCUGAAGUAGCAGAAGAGGCCCCAAGAAGAGGACAGCAUAACCAGGCGGCAACAGAAGUGGUGCUUUUGGGGUCUCUUGGGGAAGCUCAGUACUCCUUCCUGGCAGAAGCCCUGGCCACUACCAGGAAAGAAAUAAGAGAGCAGAUAUCUCAGGUGUACACGGAGAUGUGCGCUCUAAAGCAAGGGGCCCCCCAUGCCCUUUUGGGGGCCCUGGCGUUGCCUUUAGACUUCAACGGCUUCCUCUCUCACCUCGUUACUGGGGGCCCCUAUACCCCUAGGGGGGCCCCCUACGGGGUCCCCCUGACCCCCAGGGGCCCCCCUACCCCUAGGGGCCCCAACAGGGGCCCCGCUGACGGAGUGCAGCAGCAGCAGAGUCAAGAGCCCUCGAUGACUGCUGAGGCUGCAGGGGCCCCCACAGCAGCAGCAGCAGCAGUAUUGGGGCCCCCCCGCAGCCUCACGCCACAGCAGAGGGAGUGUACGCGAUUGAGAGGGGCUCCCCUGAGGCCCCCUGCAUCUGUAGAGGAGUUACAAGACCAGGUAGGGGGCCCCGGGGGAUACCCCGGGGGGCCCCCCGACGACGAGGGUUUAAUGUUACACAGUUGCAGAUCUACAGAUAGCGAAGAUGAGGGGCCCCCUUCUUGGUCUUAUCUGUCAAGGGGGGCCCCCUCCUACCCCUCCCCUUCAUUCACCAGGGAGACUCAGGGGCCCCCAGGGGCCCCCCUACCCCUGAGGAGACCCUCGCCUCCUGCAAGGGGGCCCCUCUGGUUUGACUCAUCUGCACGUCUGGCCCAGGGGCCCCUCUUGGGGGCCCCCACAGGUGAGGGGGCCCCCAUGGGGGCCCCCCGAGGGGCCUCCAUGCAGUACCCUUUGGAUUACAGGGUAUUAGCAGAAGAGGCGCGUGAAGCAUUAGAGACAGCAAGAAAGAAGAAAGAAGAGAGACAGGGAGUAGGGGCAAGCGAGUUGUUUGGGGAUCCUAGGGGGGCCCCCUGA